GUACCCUGCAGACCCGGAAGCUGAGUGAAGGGCACAGUCAGGAUUGACUUCUCAAGACUGAUCUUGUCUGAAAAAGAAGCCUGGAAGAGGAAAGGGAGGAGUCAGGAAUGGCUGUUUGUCAGGGACGCAUGACAUUCAGGGAUGUGGCCAUAGAAUUCUCUCAGGAGGAGUGGGAGUGCCUGGACCCUGCUCAGAGGGCCUUGUACAGGGACGUGAUGGUGGAGAACUACAGGAACCUGGUCUCCCUGGGUGAGGAUAAUGUUCCUCCAGAAGUCGGGAUCUGCCCCAAAAGCUCUGCUAGAUUCAUAAUCAAGGAAUUACUACCAAAGAAAGAAAUUAGUAACAGAGAAUUAUGCCAACCAGUGGUCUUGGGAAGACAUGAAAGCCAUGGCCUUGAGGAUUUUGACUUCAGGGAAGUUUGGGGAAAUAUGUAUGAAUUUGAGAGUAAGUGUGGAUAUGAAGAAAGAAAUUCCAAAGGAGUGCUUGUGACAGGUACUGUAAAUCUCCCUGGUAGAAAAGAUAAACAAGACAGCAAAUCCUGGAUUAAUUUACCAAUAAAGCAGAGUGUUUCUUUAAGAAAAAGUGCAUAUCAAAAUUUUAAACAAGGGAAGUCAUUAGUAAAAAAUUUGUUAAAAAUAAAAAAUAAUAUAGUCUGUGCAGGAAAUAAGUAUACAAAAUGUUUUGAAAAUAGAAUUGGAUUAAGCUUUCAGUCACAUCUGGUUGAACUGCAGAGACUUCAAACUGAGGAGAAAAUUAAUCAAUGUGAUCAAGUUGAGAAGUCUGUCAAAACUUGUUCUUCAGUUUUGCCACUUCAAAGAUUUCUUCCUAGUGUCAAAACCAACCUUUGUAAUAAAUAUGGAAGGGUUUUUAUGUUUCCUUCAUUGUUCACACAGCACCAGAAAACAAAAAUUAGAGAAAAACCAUACAAAUGUAAUGAGUGUGGAAAGACUUUUAGCCAUCAUUCAGUCCUUACUAGUCAUCAGAGAAUUCAUUCUGAGCAGAGACCUUACAAAUGUAAUGAGUGUGGUAAAGCCUUUAAGCAGUUCUCAAACCUCACAAGACAUCAGAGAAUCCAUACGGGAGAGAAACCGUAUAAAUGUAAUAUCUGUGAUAAGGUCUUUAAUCAAAAUUCCCACCUUACAAAUCAUUGGAGAAUUCAUACUGGAGAAAAACCAUACAAAUGUCAUGAAUGUGGUAAGGCUUUUAUCAAAUGUUCAGAUCUCUGGCGUCAUGAGAGAAUUCAUACUGGAGAGAAACCUUACAAAUGUAAUGAAUGUGGUAAGGGUUUUACCAAACGUUCAUAUCUUUGGGAUCAUGAGAGAAUUCAUACUGGAGAGAAACCAUACAAAUGUAUUGAAUGUGGCAAGGUUUUUAGGCAGUGGUCUACCCUCAGGAUUCACCGAAGAAUUCAUACUGGUGAGAAACCUUAUAAAUGUAAUGAGUGUGGCAAGGCUUUUAAGCAAUGCUCACACCUCACUAAGCAUCAGAAUGUACAUCCUGGAGAGAAGCCACACAAAUGUACUAUGUGCACCAAGGCUUUUAUCCACAUUUCAAGCCUUGUGAAACAUCAGAAAAUCCAUUCUGGAGAAAAACUAUACAAAUGUAAUGAAUGUGGUAAGGCUUUUAUCCAAAGCUCAAGUCUUGUGGAACAUCAGAGAAUUCAUACUGGUGAGAAACCUCACAAAUGUAAUGACUGUGGCAAAGCCUUUACUGUGCGUUCAAGCCUAACUAAACAUAAAAAAAACCAUACUGGUGAGAAACCUUAUAAAUGUAAUGAAUGUGAUAAAACAUAUACACAACUUAUACACCUUACUAGACAUCAGAAAAUACAUAGUGAAAAGAAACAUUAUGAAUCUAGCAUACGUGAUGAUGCUUUUAUUCAAAGCUCAAGCUUGGGGGAUCAUCAGAGAAUUCAUGGAAGAGAGAAACCUUACAGAUGUCAUGAGUGUGGCAAAUCCUUUAACUGGUGUUCACGCCUUACUCGACAUCAGAGAACCCAUACUGGAGAGAAGCCAUAUAAAUGUAAUGUGUGUGGCAAGGCCUUUAGUCAAAAUUCAAAUCUUACAAUUCAUCAGAGAAUUCAUACUGGAGAGAAACCUUACAAGUGUAAUGAGUGUGGCAAAGCCUUUAAGCAGUAUUCAAGCCUCAUAAGACAUCAGAAUAUACAUCCUGGAGAGAAACCACACAAAUGUGUGUGGUAAGGCUUUUAUCAAAGUUCACACCUUUGGGGUCAUGAGGGAAUGCAUCCUAGAAAGAAGCCAUACAAAUGUAUUGAAUGUGGCAAGGCCUUUCGACGAUGGUCUGACCUCAGGAUUCACCAGAGAAUUCAUGCUGAAGAGGAACCUUAGAAAUGUAAUGAAUGGCAUAAAUCAAUUAACCAUUUUUCACAAUACGCUAUAUAUACAUCAGAGAAUUUUUUUUUAAAUAUUUUUAUUUAUUUGCGAGAGAGAGAAUGAGAGACA